AACGCCUCGGUUGAGGUGCCUCGUGCUACAUUCUGGCGAAUGCAAACUAGGCUUCCUAGGUUGUCAGGACCAUUUUGUUUGCCAGAGCCCUGCAGAACCGAAUCUCUGGACCAUGGAAAUGGCCUCCAUGGCUCUCCUGACAGCGACCUGGACAUUCAACCUCCUCCCGAUUUGCCGCAGGUUCAGGAGGCUUGCUUGCUCGACAGGGGUGGCUGUCUACGAGGCUCUCCUUGCAGCCACCUGGACAUUCAACCGUCUCAGUCCUCAGAACCACCCGACUCGCCGCAGGUCCAGAAGGCUUGCUUACUCAACAGAGGUGACUGUCUCCGAGGCUCCCCUGGCAGCCACCUGGACAUUCAACCGUCUCAGUCCUCAGAACCACCCGACUCGCCGCAGGUCCAGAAGGCUUGCUUACUCAACAGAGGUGACUGUCUCCGAGGCUCCCCUGGCAGCCACCUGGACAUUCAACCGUCUCAGUCCUCAGAACCACCCGACUCGCCGCAGGUCCAGAAGGCUUGCUUACUCAACAGAGGUGACUGUCUCCGAGGCUCCCCUGGCAGCCACCUGGACAUUCAACCGUCUCGGUCCUCAGAACCACCCGACUCGCCGCAGGUCCAGGAGGCUUGCUUGCUCAACAGAGGUGACUGUCUCCAAGGCACCCCUGGCAGCCACCUGGACAUUCAACCGUCUCAGUCCUCAGAACCACCCGACUCGCCGCAGGUCCAGAAGGCUUGCUUGCUCAACAGAGGUGACUGUCUCCAAGGCACCCCUGGGAGCCACCUGGACAUUCAACCGUCUCGGUCGUCAGAACCACCCGACUCGCCGCAGGUCCAGGAGGCUUGCUUGCUCAACAGAGGUGACUGUCUCCAAGGCACCCCUGGCAGCCACCUGGACAUUCAACCGUCUCGGUCGUCAGAACCACCCGACUCGCCGCAGGUCCAGGAGGCUUGCUUGCUCAACAGAGGUGACUGUCUCCAAGGCACCCCUGGGAGCCACCUGGACGUAAGUGCUGAUUUAUUAUGA